AUGUGUAGAAACUUUUCCAUGCCAUGGAUGAUGCUUGUAGCAUUUGUUUGGCUUGCAAACAAUGCUAUCAUGGGAACAAACGGAUCCAUUGCUGUUGGGGUAAAAAAUAUGUUGGGUGAUAAGUUGAUGUUAAACGUUUAUUGUCCUCAUAUUGAUGGUAAGCAACACAGUCUCGCUAAUGAUGAUUCCAUUAAGUGGCCGUACAAUGGUGGGCUUCCAGAAGUACCAGGAAAAUCAUCAUUGCUCUGUUUCUUUCGAUGGAAUGGUGCUCAUCACUCUCUUGAUAUGUGUUCUCCAAGCAAGUACACUGGUUGUGAAAGUGCCAUUUGGGAAAUCAAACAAGACCAAUUUUGUAGGCACAGAGGAAUAGGUGGACCUACUAAUUAUUUUUGCCAUCACUGGGAUGAUUAG